AAACUCCUCCAAUUAUUUCCCAAUAAGCUUGGGAAAUAAAUAUCCAAAAGAAACUCUUCUUCUCAUUAGAACUUAGAAGCAGAAGAAGAAGUAGAAGAAGAAGAGUAUUAAAUUAAAUUAGAGCAUAAGAGAGACACCACCAACUCUUCACCCAUAUCUUAUUCCGGACAAUCCCAAGCUUCCCAAUUUGAACAACUCUGCCGGCUCACCACUUUGUUUCAACUCCAAUUAAUCUAAUCUCAAUCCCAACCAUCUUUGCAUGCCUUUCUCUGUAAAGCUGUACCACUACUCCUAUCCUUCUAGAACGUCCCACCUCCCUCCCUCCUUCCUCUUUUGACUCUCUCUCUCUCUCUCUCUCUCUCAUCUCCAACUUCAUGUGAUCAAUCAUGCUUCUCUUCUCCUUCAUCUUCAAUCCUUAAUAAAAGGAAAAGCCAUUAUUAACCAACCUUUUCUUCUCUGUAAAUGCUUUACCUCUUCAAAGUAUUGCUAAUACUUUUUAGUCAACUCAAGCAUUCUUCUUGUUCUUGUUGAAAGAUUCAAUCUUUCACCUCAAAUCCUUGGAAAAAAUCCAAUCUUUGAUCCAUUUUAGCCAUAAAAAUCCCUCCUUUUUUUUUGUUUCUCCAAAUUCAUGCUCCAUCUUCAAUAGUAGCUCUCAUCAAUGGCCCACGAGCGGCCUCUCUUAGACCCUUCUCCCCGACCUCCGGCCACCGCCGAGCCUGCCCCCCCUGUGGCGUCGUCGUUUCGGUUUCCGUCCUCCCGGCGCUCUGCCCGUUCUCGUGCCUCCACUGACCACAUCUCCUUCGCCAUCGAUCCUGCUUCCCCUAAGCCCUCCUCCGCCGUCCGCUACGGCUCCCGCGCGGAGUCCGACCGGUCUGGCGCUUCCCAGAAAGAGAUCUCCGACGAUGACGCUCGCCUCGUCUUCAUCAACGACCCUGAGAAGACGAACGAGCGGCUGGACUUCGCCGGCAACGCGAUCCGCACCGGCAAGUACUCCGUUUUGACCUUCCUCCCUCGCAAUCUCUUCGAGCAAUUCCACCGCGUUGCCUACCUCUACUUCCUCGCCAUCGCCAUCCUCAACCAACUCCCUCAACUCGCUGUCUUCGGCCGCGGCGCCUCCAUUCUCCCUCUCGCCUUUGUCCUUCUCGUCACCGCCGUCAAAGACGCCUACGAGGACUUCCGCCGCCACCGUUCCGACCGCAUCGAGAACUCCCGCCUCGCUCUCGCCCUUGACAACCUCUCCUUCGUCCACAAAUGCUGGAAAGACCUCCGCGUCGGCGAAGUCAUCAAGAUCUCCGCCAACGACACCAUCCCCUGUGACAUGGUCCUCCUCUCCACCAGCGAUCCCACCGGCGUCGCCUACCUCCAAACCAUCAACCUCGACGGCGAAUCUAAUCUCAAGACCCGCUACGCCAAGCAAGAAACCCUUUCCAAAACCCCCGACAAUGGCAUCCCCUCCAUCUCCGGCGUGAUCCGCUGCGAGAAACCCAAUCGUAACAUCUAUGGCUUCCAGGCCAACAUGGAAAUCGAUGGCAAACGCAUCUCUCUCGGACCUUCCAACAUUAUUCUUCGCGGUUGUGAGCUCAAAAACACAUCUUGGGCCAUUGGCGUCGUCGUCUACGCCGGCAGAGAGACCAAGGUGAUGCUCAAUAGCUCUGGCGCUCCCUCAAAGCGCAGCCGACUUGAAUCCCAUAUGAAUAGAGAGACCAUCUUGCUCUCCUUUCUCUUGAUCAUCCUUUGCUCUAUUGUAACCUUUUUGGCUGGCUUUUGGCUUGGGCAUCACAAGAAGGAGCUCAACUCCUCACCUUACUUUAGAAAGAGCAACUUUGGUAGAGAUGGUGAUAAUUACAACUACUAUGGGAUUGGAAUGGAGAUCUUCUUGACAUUCCUCAAGUCAGUGAUUGUAUUCCAGAUUAUGAUUCCCAUAUCUCUGUAUAUAUCCAUGGAGCUUGUUCGUCUCGGGCAGGCUUAUUUCAUGAUUCGUGAUUCGAAUUUAUAUGAUGAAGCUUCAAAUUCAAGGUUUCAGUGUAGAGCUUUGAAUAUCAAUGAGGAUCUUGGGCAGAUCAAGUAUGUGUUCUCAGACAAGACCGGGACACUGACAGAGAACAAGAUGGAGUUCCAAUGUGCGAGCAUUCGUGGGGUUGAUUAUAGUGGAGAGAAAGUUACUGUGGGAGAAUAUUCGAUUAAAGUUGGAGAUCAAGUUUGGAGGCCGAAGAUGAAUAUUAAGACUGAUCCUGAGUUGUUGGGACUUUUGAGGGGUGGAAGGGAGAGUGAGCGACGCAAGUAUGCUUGUGAUUUCUUGCUUGCCCUUGCAGCUUGCAACACUAUUGUGCCACUGGUAGUAGAUACAACAGACCCGAAACUAAAGUUGGUAGAUUAUCAAGGGGAGUCCCCUGAUGAACAGGCGUUGGUUUAUGCCGCCGCCUCAUAUGGAUUUGUGCUUGUUGAGAGGACUUCCGGGCACAUUGUCAUUGAUGUGCUUGGAGAUAGACAGAGGUUUGAUGUGUUGGGUCUUCAUGAGUUUGAUAGCGAUCGCAAAAGGAUGUCGGUUAUAAUUGGAUGCCCUGAUAAGACGGUGAAGUUAUUUGUAAAAGGUGCAGACAGCUCAAUGUUUGGAGUAAUUGACAAAUCCCGCAAUAUGGAUGUAGUUCGCGCAACAGAGUCACAUCUUCACAGCUAUUCAUCCAUUGGUCUGAGAACAUUGGUUGUUGGGAUGCGGGAGCUCAAUAGCUCUGAGUUCGAAGAGUGGCAAUCUGCCUAUGAGAAAGCAAGCACCGCUUUGUUUGGAAGAGCAAGUUUGUUACGAACUGUUGCAGCAAAUAUAGAGACCAAUCUUCAAUUACUUGGAGCCUCAGGAAUUGAAGAUAAACUACAAGACGGUGUACCUGAAGCUAUAGAAUCUCUGAGACAGGCUAAUAUCAAGGUCUGGGUGUUGACUGGUGAUAAACAAGAAACCGCCAUUUCCAUCGGCUAUUCUUGCAAGCUAUUGACGAAUGAGAUGACUCAGAUUAUAAUAAAUAGCCAUUCAAAAGAAUCUUGUAGGAAGAGUCUCCUCGAUGCUUUUACUAUGUCCACCAAAAUUUCAGCAAUGGCUUCUAAUGCACAGAAUUCUGUUGGAGAUGCGGGAUCCAACAAGGUUCCUCUUGCUUUGAUCAUCGACGGAACCAGCCUUGUCUAUAUUCUUGAGACUGAACUUGAAGAAGAGCUUUUCAAAGUGGCAACAAUAUGUGACGUGGUGUUAUGCUGCCGAGUGGCUCCAUUGCAGAAAGCUGGAAUAGUCGCACUUAUUAAGAACCGAACUGACGACAUGACUCUUGCCAUUGGUGACGGUGCCAAUGAUGUUUCGAUGAUUCAAAUGGCGGAUGUGGGGAUUGGAAUCAGUGGCCAAGAAGGGCGGCAAGCUGUUAUGGCCUCCGACUUCGCCAUGGGGCAAUUCAGAUUCUUGGUGCCUCUUCUAUUGGUUCAUGGUCAUUGGAAUUAUCAGCGAAUGGCCUACAUGAUCUUAUACAACUUUUACAGGAAUGCUGUAUUUGUUUUCACUCUUUUUUGGUAUGUUCUGUACACAGCUUUCAGUUUGACAACUGCAGUUACAGAAUGGAGCAGCGUGUUAUAUUCGGUGAUCUACACUGCUCUCCCGACCAUCAUCAUUGGAAUUCUAGACAAGGAUUUGAGUAGGAAGACACUGAUGAAGUAUCCUCAACUCUAUGGAGCCGGUCAGCGGGAGGAAAGAUACAACCUCUGGAUGUUUAUUUUCACUAUGUUGGACACUAUUUGGCAAAGUGCGGCUAUUUUCUUCAUACCACUUCUUGCAUAUAGACACAGUACUGUAGAUAUAUCUGGUAUCGGAGAUUUAUGGACACUCGCAGUUGUCAUACUGGUGAACCUUCACUUGGGAAUGGAUGUAUUCCGAUGGAAUUGGCUCACACAUGUAUCCAUUUGGGGCUGCAUUGUUGCCACAGCCAUUUGCGUAAUCAUCAUCGACUGCAUACCCAUUCUUCCCGGAUACUGGGCAAUCUUUGAGAUGAUGAAACAAGGGCUGUUUUGGUUCUGCUUGCUCGGCAUUAUAAUCGCGGCAUUAAUCCCACGGUUUGUGGUCAAAGCUUUCAUGGAGUACUUCAAACCUAGUGACAUCCAAGUUGCCAGGGAGAUGGAGAAGUAUGGAAGUUUGAAUGAAGUUGCUGCUAAUACAGUGCGAGAAAUUCCAAUGACUUCAUUCGCAAAUGCGAAUCAGAGAAUACCAUGAUUUUUACACAUCUUUUAUUCUUUCUUGUUUAUUUCUCUGUUCUUGUGUGUAUAUUAGCCUAUUCUUUGAGCUGUAAGUCGGGUUUGUCGCCGAUAGCAUGCUUGUAACAAAAACAAGGGAUCAAUUCACACUCCCUACAUGGCUUGUAUGUAUUUUAGAAAUUUUGUCAGAUCAAAUGAAAAUUACCAUGAUACACAACAGUAAUUUUGCCUCCAUUAUUGUCUUGAGUAUGCAUGACAUUGAAGAUUGAAAAUGAGCUUGUAAAUGAAUCCAAAGA